GGGUGCCGCGCGCGGGUGCCGGCCGAUCGACGCUACCGAGCCAGAAAUACGCGGCUUAGCCGCACAGGCCCGAUAAAAGCCCGGUCGUUAUCGUCGCCGAUCGGACGGGUCGUGUCGUCGUUGUGCGCUGUGUGUGUGUGUGUGUGUGUGUCGGUGCACACGCGAUCGAAAAUCGUGGCCCGAUCCCCGUCGGAUCGCGAUCGUCGCAAUAGUGCUAUAGUUCGUAGAGUGCUCCGACGUCGAUUCGACGGGCGGACUCGUGCGAUCGUUCCGCGGGCUUAUCACGCGCCGCUGAUAAGCCGCGGCGAAAGUGUGCCGUGCCGCGGACAAGUGGACCCAGCCCGGAUCUGCCUCUUCGGACGGUUUACAAUAGCUUCUCGCGUACCAUGGACGAGCGACGCCGUUGUGGAUCCGAUCGAUCGACACCGUCCUUCCGCGGACGCUCGAUGCUGCAAGGACGCGGAAAAUCAAGCGGCGAGAUCAUAGAGGCGCCGGGGAAGCGAGAGUGACAAAUCGCCGCCGCGUUGUGCUCGGAUUGUACCGUGUGGCUCUCUAUAGCUCGUAGCUCUAAUCGUUCCAGCUGAAAAGACGACUUCACGCUCCCUCGAUCGAGACCCUAACGCCCCAACGGUAUUCUCUUUGCCGGACUGCGAACCGAUAUAGUCCUUGAAACGAUGAGCUGGUAACCGUUUCGAAUAUUCUAUUCCGGGCCUCGUUAUCUCCGCCAACUCCUUCGGCAAAUCGGCCACCGCACCGCGCUCGGUGGCCGUUCUGCAAAUUUUUUAACGUCGCGCGACACGCCGAGGACAAGUUCGACGGCUGAUAAAUCGCCGCAUCGUACUCUCGAAAUUAACCGCGCCGCUCUGUUUGCUGAUCGACGUCGUCUAGGACCUGUCCUCUCGAGCAUUUUCUUUCGUUUGGAAUGGUUUCCUGUCGAUUGAUAGAAGCUUUUAUUGCAUCGUUUAAAAAUUCUUCUAUCGUGUUUUCCUUGUCGCAUCUGCUCGGAUAACACCGUCUCCUCCGGCAGUUCUCGGAACGACGGUCUAACAAAAAUUCGAGCUAUUCCGCACGGUGUCCGGCGAUCCUCGGCCUCGUCGUCAGCAAAUUGGCUACCCGGUAGCGACCGUGCCGGCCCCCGUAGAAGCUCGUUGACUGGCUGGCUGGUAGCUUCGAAACAAGAUUAGUCAGCAAGGAACGGCGAACCCGGAGUCUUUCGCCGCGAUAGGCGAUUAUUUCGUGGCAGCGGUAUCAGGCGAUUGCCCGCGGUGUUUCAGGUGCGCCUGAUCUACGGAGAUCGUGAACACGCGCCGCGGUCACGUGGCCGUGGAAUAUCACGGAGCGAGAAAACGUACGGCCGAUUCCCGCGGACGCGAACGCCGCGGCACCGCGAGGCUGGCACCGAUAUAUUUUCCGCGGCUUAUCGGACGACAACGGUUUUCCAGAUGCUUUCCGGCUUGUAAUCGGCUGAACUUCGCGCCACCUUGAAGCGAACGUUAUCGGCGCAUUCACGAACGUGGCAACGCGUUACGUGGCCCCGCGGUUGCAUCGAUUUAACUAGCCGCGCGUUUCGAGGUCUAGAAUCGCGCGCGAUCGUUAAGCCGUUUCGAUAGCUACCGGCCCGCCCAGCCGCUCUUCGCUGGUCGGCCUUCGAUAGAGAAUUAAUUGGCUGUUCGCGUUUCUUCGUAAUUUUCGGAUCGCGCGGCGACCGCCGUACAAAUUCGACCGACCGAACGAACGCCGCUGUCUCGCGCCGCGAGAUUUUUCUUUCUCGGUAGGUUUCGCCGGCGAGACGAUUCGAGAACGAUAAAUUCCCUCUCGGAUUCGCGGUUCGAUUUCAAUCGGACAGCACCGACUGCGAAUUGAUUCCGUCCGGCAUCGUCAACAGUUUUAUUUCUCCGUUUUAUUUGCCCGCGAGCCGGUGACAAUUAGGGUUAUAUAUACGGUUUCCCCGGGAUUUACGAUCACAAUUCGUCGAUUCGCCCGUUUUACGGCUCUGUCAACGCUCUGGAAACGUCGCUGCAAGUCGCUGCAUUCCUCGUAAAUUCCCCGAUAGUCCACCGAUACGGUCUCGCUUUUACGAUAGCGUUAAUUGUCGAUGACGUAGCGGAACAAUAAAUAUUCCUCGACCCCGUGUUCCCCGUGUUCGAACGGCAUAUUCAUUCGAACGGUUAUCGCGACGAUUACGAACGUAUCGUCGUCGUUGUUCCGUUUAGUCUGUCGUCGCGACGGCGACGAACGUCGUCGCCGGGUUCCAUCGAGGAACGGAACAACGCUCGCGAAUUUUCGUGCGCGGAACGCGAGCCUACGAUUCGCCGCGAUAACGUCGAUAUUGCUAAUUAUGUCGCAACGAUAACGGCAAAAACGCGAUAAGAGGAAAAAAAACACACUGAUACAGGUGGAGUGCGUUUCUAGCUGCACAACAAUGCCGAGCGUUUUCGAAGCGCGAAUCGCGUAGCGGCACGUUCGCGAGCUGGAGGAGCUCUCUCGGAUUCGAACGUAGCCGAAUUCGAUCGACGACGGAUCGAUGCAUCGUCCGACAUCUCGUCAACGAACCUCACGAUUUUACGGAUUUCUAUUUCUUUUUUUCUUUUUUCGACAUUAAUUCAGCCGCGAGGUCUUCUUCAAUGUUACCGAGCGUCGAGCAUUUUUCGCACUGAGUCCGAAGACGAUAGACCGAAUCGAUCGGCGUGAAAAGCCGAGAACGACCGUGAAUAUCGACCAAACAGUCGCCGGGAAAAAUCGGCGCCAACUUAGCCAUGCUUUCGCAGUCACCGACCCUAGCAUAGCCGGACGAAGUUGAGCCACAUUCGGUACUCGAUCCGACAAAGCAGCGAAUGAAAUUCCAGGCCGUCGGUCGAUGUCGCCGAUAAAUCAGCGAACGAUCGUGCUCGCAUCUUCGGCUAACGAACAGAGUCAGUCAUUAAUCGGCGGAAAGAGGAUGAUCCCCGCGAAUGCCAUUGCGAUCAUAGUUCGUUCGAAUAGCAGAGCGUUCCGGCGCGCGUGAAACAUUUCAGCGUUUCGUAACGCGGACAAUCGCGGUGAUUGGACGAACCUGUGCCGCGAAAUUCACGGUAACCAGCGGAUUGUUGUCGGCGGAUGACAGAGACAGAAAUAGAAACAGAGAGCGAGAGAGAGGGGGGUUUAAUUGUUCACUUGAACGCGUUAUCCGCGUAAUGCGGCCGCGGCCUCGCCGGUUAUCGAGGGCCCAUCCGCAGUGCUUUAAACGGUCCGCGUGAUUGGCGUUACACGUGAAACGCCGGGUCGUUUAUCUCGCGGAGCUGACCUCGGUGAAAUGUGGCCAAUUCCUUCCUGCUGAAGUGGACCGAGCCACCGCCGAGGAUUCGUCGUCACGCCCCGGAGAGGAUCCGUCUGUCUUUCUGGCUGAUGCGCUCAACCUUUUUCUCUCCCCUGUUGUUUCAUCCUUCCUUCUUUUUUCUCCCCCGCUGCGUUGCUUUUCGCCGUGUUCGCCACGACGCCGGUGCUGCCUGCGCCGGUCCAGGGGCUUGGCACGAUGACAACGCUGAAGAAGGACGAGAAGAGGGCGACGAAAAAGUCGCCGAAGACCGCCAGCCAGAAAGCCCCCGGCCGCAACGCGAAGACGGUAAAGCCGACCAGGCAGCAACAUCAGCCUGUAAAGCCCGAGCCCAUCGACGAACCAGAAAAUUUGAAGGAUGUCCCGAAUCCCGAGGUGGACGUCGAGGUGACCAGGAAGAAGAGCGGGAAAUUCGAGCGCAAGUCGUCGUUCCGUUGGAAAAUCGGGUCGCUGAUAAGAGGCAGCGCCGCCGAGUUACCGGCAGCGAUAAACCGCGGCCUACAGCCGAUUAGGCGAAGCCUGAGCUUCAGCAAAGACUUGAACCGGCUGCACGAGCCGUCGAAACCGUCUCGGGUUGGCAGCGCGCAAUGGUAUAACAGUCUGGUGUCUUUGGCGGAGGACGAAUGUCUGGCCGAGACGCCGCCGAGAAGCAACUUUAACACCCUGCCGACGAAGGUCACCAGGACACAGAGCCUCAUCGACACCACUGCCGCAAGGAGCCCCAGGCGACGGCCCAGCCAGCUGCUCGGCAAGACCGCCCCUUACGGACGACACAGCGAUCACUAUGAUUCUACAAUAGAUUUGAGCAAGCCACCAUGCGAAGCGAGCAGCCUCCCCGCCCUUGCCACUGCGCAGGAUGAUCCGGAGAACGAGCCUAAGUUCGCGAACGAACGGGAGCAACAGGUCAGGAACAAAUGGGGGAGCCUGAAGGUCGUUGUCCGAAAUUUGUCUCAGCUGCAUGGGCAUUCCACCGUGAAACGCCACUCGGUGCGUUCGAGGUCGUUGACCCAGCUGGACGCUCUAGGCAGCAGCAUGCUGGACACAGGGGAGCACCAUCUGGAGAGUGGCCCCGCCGCGCAACAGCAACCCCAUCAACUUCACCACCAUUACCAGCCGCAACAGCAACAGCAACAGCAGCAGCAGCAGCAACAGCAACAGCAGCAGCAGCACACCCAAAGUGUAGAAAAUAAUCCCCGUUUUUUGGUGCCUAGCGCAGCGUCGAUAGAGAGCACCCACCAGAAUCGCACCAGGCACAAACUGUCGCGGUCGCAGUUGUCCAGCAGCGAGUACUUCAGCGUCAGCUUCGAUGUAUCCGAGGACAUUGGCUCACUGGACCGGGACGAGUUGCUCCCAGCAUUGAAGGGGACUUGUUUGGCGGAGGCAUUGAACACCAGUUGCGAGCGACGCGGUAUCGACUUGUCACGCAUCGAGGUGUACGACGGUUUCUCGGCGUCGCUGCCGAUUCAGACGACGGACACAUCGUGCCUCGGCGGCAAACACCUGCGAAUAACAGUCAGAGACGCCGAGAAAUCGAACUCGAAAUCGGGUCAAAGGGCCAGCCAAAGUGUCACACUCAGGAAAACGUCGAGCGGGAGCUAUCGGGGUCGCAGCGGCCUCGGUUUCUUCAGCGUCUCGACGGAAGACUCGAGCGUCGACUCCGAGGUCAGCAGCAGCAACACGAUCACGUCUGGUCGGAGUUCCGCUGGGGCUGCGGGAUUCAAGACCAGCAAGCAACGCUGGAGCGGUUUCUUCAUGAACACCAAGGGCAACAAGCUCGACCUGCUCACGGCUCAGCUGGACGAGUACAAUAAGCACGGGGUGCCGAAACUGACGGACGUUCAACUGCCCUGCGAACUCACCCUCAACGAAGAUGCCUUGUAUAGCUUAGAGGAAGACUGGCGCGACCUAGUUCACAACGCGGACCAACUGUCGGAGAAGCAGCAACAACAGCAGACCGCUUUGUGGGAGUUAGCGCAAACGGAGGUGGCGUACAUCAAGACCUUGAAGGUCGUGACCGACCUGUUCAUGGCGUGCCUCUGCAGCCUGCAGACCUCGAAUAUCCUGACCGAGGUCGACAGGACCAAGCUGUUCAGCAACAUCCCCGAGAUCUACGCCGCGAACCGGUACUUCUGCACCGAGUACGUCAUGAUGAUGGUGAACGCGUCGAGGUCGACGGGCCAGCCGCUCGACCCUGGACACCUUCUGCAAGGUUUCGAGACCUUCGAGCGGAUCUUCGCGCCCUACACCAGGUACUGCGCGGAGCAGAGCAGGUGCCAACAGUACUGCAGGGACCGGCUCAACGAUAAUCAGCUGUUCACCGUCUACCUGGUGUGGUGCGAGACGCAGAAGGACUGCAACAGGCUGAAGCUGCUCGACAUUCUGGUGAAACCUAUGCAGAGGCUGACCAAGUACUCGCUGCUUCUCAAGGCCGUUCACAAGAACACGGAGAACGAGGAUCAGAGGGCGGAAUUGAUACACAUGAUCAAGUCCGUGGACGACUUCGUGGCGUCGGUGAACGCCGCCCUGAAGAGGAGCGAGGAGUCGGCCCGUUUGGCCAGCGCCGCGUCUCGCAUAGAGUGCUACGACGUGGUCGAGUCCCGUGACGAAGAACUAGAUAAACUGAUCAAAAACCACAGCACGUUCGACAUCACAGCGGUGCCGAUACCCGGCUGUCCUAAAGACACCUUGAGGGUGCUUCUCCGCGAGGGUGAUCUGAAGCUAAGAGACGCUGCGAGCAGCAAGAUGGAGGUGCGCGUGCUGCUGCUAACGGACAUGCUGCUGGUCUGCAAACCGUCCACCAAGAAGAUCUCGUCCAGCGGCUCGGCCGGGACGGUUGGUGUCGGUUUGAAGAUCAUAAGGCAGCCGUACGUGAUCGAUCGUAUCCGGAUCAACGAGCUGAAGGAGCCAUCCAGUCUAGGUUUGAUCUACCUGAACGAGUACGGAGCCGCUUCGGCAGCUCUGGUGCUCAGCGCCGGGGAGUCAAAGUUAGCCAAGUCUUGGAUGGACUCGAUCAGAAAGGCUCAGCAGCAAUUCGCGCUGAUGAAGGUGCCGCCGCUUGGGAACACGCUGAACCUGACCUUGGCAACGGUCAGCCGUCAGCCUAGCACGUUCCUGGGCGACGUGGACUACGAGGGAGAAGAAUGCGAGCCGACCCUGAAAACGCCCCGAGGCAGCAGCAGGGCGUCACGGGUCAGCAGCCUUGCUCACAGUCACAGCGGGAGCAUAGAGAUGGAGGGUGUCUCCCCAGGAAGCAGUAGCUUCGUGCCGAGCUACAAUCCCAGCAGGAACGUCAGCGUGGAGACCAGCGAGGUGCCCCGCGCCUCGAGCGUGUCCUCGGAAGAGGGCGGCGAAAGUUCCGGGCACAAUCACAGGCCGUUGCAGAUCAGACGGUAUCUGCUGAACAAGUCGCCGACCCCGAACACGCUCAGCGUCCAGGUGCCGCCUUACUCCUGCCUGGGCCAGUCGUUGCCGAACCUGACGUUGGCCACGUCGCCGCAAACCUCGACAGUGUCGCCGACACCGCCGAACUCGCUGCUAAUCGUUCCCCAAAUUACAAAGAGCAAGGACACUUUGCUCUCGCCGGGGCACCGAGGUAGCAAUUACCCACGCGGGAAUUUAUCUUCUUCCACUGUUACACUAUCUAGAAGUUUCAUCUGACAAUAAACACCGUCUAGGCGAAAAUAGCACUGUGCAUGAA